AUGUUUUCACUUCAUACUAGAAGCAGUAUAUCAGGAGGUAGUUCAAAUAUGUAUUCAAGACCAAGAUCAAGAUCCCGUCAACCAAUAUAUACAUCUGAUAAAAGAGCCAAAUUUGCUCAAAGAGAAAAUAAAAAAUAUAUUAGAUUUGUUACUGUAAUUGGUUAUAUAAUUUGUGUAUCAUUACCUGCUGUAUGUUUAUCUAUAUAUUAUAUUAAUUUUUGGGAUCCAAGAUAUAUUGAUAAGUUUACAAAAAUUGAUAAUCAUAUAAUAAAUAAUAGUGAUGGAAUUAUUGGAAUAAAUGAUGAUAAAACAAUUGCUUCAAGUCGUAUAAAAUUAUUAAAAAAAGAAGUACCAAGAAGACCUCGUGAUUAUCCAGUAGAAUUUGAUAAUACAAUAUUUGAAUUUAAUAAUAAUACAUUAAAUGAUAAAAAUUUUAACAAAAUAAUAGAAAAUGUACAAAUUUUACCAACAGAUAGUUUAGAAGAAAAUAAAGAAGGUUAUAAAGAAAAAAUUGUAGAUAUAAUUAAAAAAUCAGAAUGUAAAUGUACCUGUCCAAAUGAUAAUAUAAAAGAAGUUAAAAAACCACCAAUUUUAAAAAUGAUAUUAAGUGGUAAAAAUAAAUAA